AUGUCUUUCAACCGAGGAAUGAAGCGUGAUCCCUUUGGGAAUCGAAGCUUUAGUAAUCGAGGAGGUGGCGGAGGAGGUGGUGGUGGCAGUGGAGGCAGAGUUGGUAACAUGGGUGGAGGUGGAGGUGGUAUGGGUGGCAAUAUGGGUGGUGGAAUGGGUGGAGGAGGAGGAGGAGGUGGUGGUGGAGGCAGUGGAAGCGGUGGAAUGAACCCUUGGGAAGGUGGGAUGAUGCCUGGUAGAGGAAUUUUACCAACACCUAACAAUAAUUUGUCUUUAGCGUCACCACAAGCACAGUUAGCCAUAGCUAGCAAUCUUCUUACAAAUUUAUUACGUACCCAACAAGAAGUACAACCACAGCAAGUACCAUCGCUUCUCAGCCUUGGCAAUAAUUUUUCUGGGCCAGGUCCAAACUUUCCAAAUCAACAAAACUUUUCUUCUGGACGUUUUAAUGAUCGUCCCAUUAGGCACCCAAUGAAGAAUCAACGACCGCAACCAUAUAACAAGAUGGGCAAUCGCGCCCGUGAUGGCCCUGCUGGGCGACGUGGUCCAUCUGCACAACAAUCUCGUGCACCCCAGUCUGGCAAUCAACGUAUGAAUGGAAACCAAAAUCAACAUCGCAACGAUAAAUCUUCUAAACCAAUUCCUGCCUCUAAACAAAAUCAGACUGCCAAAAAGGAACAGCAGGACGUUAAGACCUCUGAUAAUGAAAAAGCAGAAGCACCUGUUUUAAAAAGCGAAGAGACUGAAGAUCCGGAAGACAUGAAACGUGAUUGGAAAGACGAGAAAAAAGAGGUUGUAGAUACCGACGUUGAUAAAAAUGAGGAAGGAGACGAAAAGCCUGAAGAAGAUUCAGAACAAAAAGGAAAUAAAUCUGUGACAGAUGAAUCAGGGAAAGCCACGGGUAUGACUGAAAAGGAUACAAAAAUGACCGGCAAGAAAUCAGAAGCUAGACACGCCGAAAGUCGUUACGCAGAAGUUCCUAUGAAUCACAUGUUCUGUCACAUCUGCAAUAAACAUAUGUGGGAUGGAUAUUCCUUUGAAAAUCAUUUACGAGGACGAGCACAUCAGUUGAUGAUGGAAAAAUUAGACGAAUCAUAUAAAUUAAAGGUUGACUUAAUGAGACACGAAUUAAGAGUAGCGGAAGAACAACGUGAACUUAGUUUGACUAAUUCAAAACGUCGUGGAAAGAAAGUUUCGGUGGAUCUUAACGUGCGAGAGUAUUGUACGAUGUGCGAUUUGAACUUUUACGGAACUUUAUCAACGCAUAGGAAAAGUGAAAAACAUCAGCAACUAAAAACAUUUUUACACCCAAGAUGUUUCCCUUGCUUGAAAGAAUUCCCCUCGCGUAUCGAGUAUGAUGAACAUUGUUUAACUCCCGCGCACAUGAAGAACGCUGUACAAUGUGAAGAACAGCGAAAAAAUAAAAAGAAAGAAAAACUUGCCAAAGGAGAAGCUGAAGUUCGCACUGCUGAAGACGAGGAAAAAGACGUGGGUCCUGAUAUUAAAAAUGAAAAGGAAGAAGAUGCCGAAGGGGAACAAGAAUAUAUUACAGAUAUUACUGAGAAUUUAAGUGAAAAGAAGUUCAAGAUACCUUCUUACAAAUAUUGUCGACAGAAUCAAGUUUCUAUCGGAAAAUCCUUAGUAAAAGAUGUACAAGGAUUCUACUGUGAAAAAUGUAGGAGGUUUAUGCUUCUACCCGAAGAUAUGAAUGCUCAUUUACGUAGUAUUACUCACUAUAGAAAUUUCGUACAAGAAGUGAAAGCUUUAACUACAACUGCGGAAACUACCGAACAAAAACCAUCAGAAAAAUCUGAGCUUAAUGAAAGCGGUCUGGAAAACAAUGAAGAUUACGACGGAAAUUGGAAACGUCGUAAAGUUACUAAUUCUGAAGAAGAAGAUAGCAUGGAAAUAAAACAAGAAACAGACAUUAGUAUGGACGAUUCAAAUGCGCAGAAGAAAGCUGAUGGUGAUGAGAAAUACGAUCCACUCGAAGCUGACGCAGAAUCUGAAGAGGAAGAACCUCGUGAAAUUGAGAGCGCCAGUGAACAAUCCUCGCAAAACAUUACUGAUACUCCAGAAAAGAAGACACCGGUUGAUAAAGUGUGGGCUGAUAUCGAUAACGAUAAUGACGCAGAAAUAGGUAAUUUAAUUGAUGACGGAGAAGAAAAAGAACACAGUACUGACAUUGAAAAAUCUGUGCAAAAAGUAGAUAGGGAACAAAAUCCACCAAUAAAACCUGCGCGUGGUAGAGGUUUUGUACGUGGACGCGGUAGUCCUCGAGCACGAAGAGCACGACGAUAAAGUGAUAUCUAUUCCAGAAUAAAGAGUAAGCUUGGGUGUAGUAUAUAAUCAUUGUAUCUCUUAAUCUUGCAUCUAUUGUUAGGUUUCAUUAGAUUUAUCUCUUUAAGUCAUCGAUGUUUAAGUAAUUUAACUUUUUAUUAUACUUUUUGACAAGAUGUAUGGAAAAAAAAAA